GACUACAUUCCUUGAACCCGAGACCGCAAGCCUCGGCCGUCUACCUACUAAAAGCAACCUUUCGUCGAAGAUCUACCAGAAACGCACCAGCCGGUCAAAGAAGUCAAACCACUCCAGCAGUGUUGAGCGUUCCUCCGUCGCGACCUAACGUGUGUGGGUGAACUUCUGUGUACGCGCCCUGCAAAAUGUUUUGGUUGUUUUUGGUGCUCGUUACAGGUGCCACAGCGGAACCUCUGAGAACAUGCGAACCCAUCCGUAUAGAUCUGUGUUCCGGGCUUGGUUAUAACAUGACGGGGAUGCCGAAUUUGGGCGGCAAUGACCAACAGCACGAGGCCGACUAUACCCUGAAAUCCUUCUCGCCUCUGAUCCAAUACGGCUGUAGCUCCCAGCUAAAACUCUUCCUGUGUUCCGUGUACGUCCCUAUGUGCACUGAGAAAGUGGCGAAUCCCAUAGGACCCUGCAGGGGACUCUGCGAAAGCGUCAGGUCGAGAUGCUACCCCGUUCUAAGGGGAUUCGGCUUCCCCUGGCCGGAGGCACUGAACUGCUCUAGAUUUCCGGUGGAAAACAACCACGAACACAUGUGCAUGGAGGGCCCGAAAGAUAAGGGCAUUGAUGUGACAGCGUCUGUCGAUCCUGCAGUGCAAAAGUUCAACUGCGCGCCGCAAUUCACCAGGAAUGAAUUUGGGGGAUGUGUGCCCACUUGCGAGGCCAAUUCUUUGUUCGAAGAACACGAGAAGCGAUUUGCGGAGGUUUGGGUAUCCCUAUGGGCACUCAUUUGCUUCGUAACCAGCUUCGGAUCCGGUUUAACCCUCAUAAUAGGAGGAGGAAGGGCUAGAGCACCCCCUCUGGUCAGCAUGGCGCUAUGUUACUGUCUGAUCAGCAUAGGCUGGGCCUUGAGGAUGUUCUCUGGAAGAAUGACAGGUGGCUGUCAGAACGGAGAAGGACUGGACAACGUCAAUUGCUCCUUCGUUUUUCUGCUGAUCUAUUACUUCGGAAUGGCGUCCAAAGCAUGGUGGGGUUGCUUGUGCGCCUGGUGGGUCGCAAGGGUUGGACUUCAAUGGACCACGGAGAAGAUGAGGAGCCUAGAGACAAUCUUACACGUUUGCGCCUGGGGCUUUCCAGCGGGUCAGACUGUUGUGGCUUUAGUACGAAGGGAUGUAGACGCAGACGAUCUUACAGGCACCUGUUACGUUGGAAACAAGAACUCUGACACCCUCCUCAGCCUCGUGCUGAUCCCAGACAUCGCCUAUUUCGCCGUUGGCAUCAUCCUGCUCAUCUUCGGUUGCAUCUGCGUGAUCAGGAGACCUGCCCAAUCUGCUGCUGCUCCUCUGACCGCUGCUGCUCCAAGGAAGGAAAGUGAUUUCUUGGGCGCAAUCUGCACCCUCUACGCCAUCCCUACGUUCUGCGUCAUGGCCACUGUCUACUACGAGUACAACGAACGCUAUCUGUGGGUCUCUGGACGUGCCAAACCUGCUUUGUGGGCGUUCCUGAUCCGCUACCUUAUGUCCCUGUUCGUUGGAGUAAGCACGGUCUUCUGGAUCUGGUCCUUCAAGACCAUCACCGCUUGGAGGUCUGUUUUGAAGAAGCUUGGACCGAAGCAACAGCCUCCUCUCAAAGUGCCUACUCUUCCGGUGUUACGAUACGUACCACCGCCACAGAAUUCUGUUUCUGGCACUUUGAGCACCGGAAGUAGGCAUUCCAUCAGGGCCCAUCCCCAUAGGAAGCCUAGGCUGCAUCAUCUGAAAGGACCUGGCGGGGAAACCAUAAUAUAAGACUUCACAAGUUCGGAAGUAUUCUACCAUAUUGGUAUUUCAAGUGCAAAAUUCCAUGAAACAUGUUCAUCAGACCUUUCCAGAGCCAAUUCAUAUUGCUGUUUAUUUUAUCGUCCAUUUUUAUUGAAGAACUACAACAUUGAUACACCUCUCGUUUAAAUUAAUGCAUGAAUUCGGUAUUUAUCCACAUGAACCAGCCAGAAAAAUUGUAGAUUGUAGAUAUUUGUAAAUAUUUUCGAAUAUUCCUAUAGUUCGUAAAAUAUAUUGAAACAAAUCAAUAGCACGGGAUUCCUCAACUUAAAUGAAUAAUAAUAAUAAUAAAUGAUAUACAACUCAUUUUUAGUUCAGAGCUAUGGAAUUAUAAAUUUUUUCGUUAUGAUUUCAUAUAGGUAUUACAAGGGUGAAGGUAGAGGAAUGGAGUAUCCUAUCCCCUUGUUUCUUUGUCUUGCCUCAAUUCUUGUUGAAGAAUUGAAAAUUGUGCCUUAUAACAAAUAAGAUUCCCCCAGCAGUUGUACAUAUCUCGAUUAAGUAUUUAGACUAAAAAUGUAUGUUUAGAACUGUAUCUAGGUUACUUUGUUUAUACGGUGCCAUAGUGUAUUUUCAUGUUUAUUUUUCCAUUUGUUACAUUAUAGUGUCAAUCCUUAUUUAUUUUGCAUAUGCAGUAUUGUGAUAUACCUUUGUACAUACGAAAUACACGUAAUAUUUUUAUGA